CGCUGGGGCGGCAGGUCGCGCAGCGUCCCGCCAUGGAGCCGCACGUCGACCGGCCCAAGAAGAACAGCCGACUCGAGAGCUAUCUGCUGCGCAAGAUGACGCCAUCUAGCUACGAGUCGGUCAGGUACUAUGAGCCCUGCAUCGUGCGCCAGGGCAAAGCCAUUCAGUACCAAACGGCCGUGGUCACCGAGGCCGGCCUCUUCGCCGUUGACGAGCCGCCCAGGCACCUGCAGGAGGUGGUCCGGCUGCUGGAUAUCAUCAGCAUCGAGCGGAUCCACGACGUGAUCGAGUUUCUGCGCGAGCCGCUGCGCGACCGAGUGCAGCACGUGCGCAUUGAGUACCGGCCAUCGCAGCCGGCGGCGGCGGCGCGCGCCCUCUCGCCGGACUCGCUCAGCUCGGAGCUGGCGGCGGCGGCCGAGCCGAGCCGUGGCAUGACGCGCUCCCAGAGCGCGCUGCCUGCCUACCACCGCUCGCCCAGUGUCAGGGCUGAUCUGCCGGAGCGGUCCCGCAGCGUGCUGGAUCGGCCGCGCGCCGACGGCAGGGUGGUGAAGAAGAGGUCCACCAGCCUGGACGACGUGCGCGGCGCGAGGAAGCUGCCAGAGCCCAAGGUGUACCACGUCUACCUGCUGCAGGAGGGCUCGCCGUUCCAGCAGCACCUCCGCACCGCUUGGAUGAGCCGCCUCAUCAGCCGGACGCAGGCGAUCGAGCAGUCGGACCCCGAGAGUCCGACCCGGAUCGACCCGCAGCAGCUGGACCAGCUGUUCGAGGACCUGCGCGCCGACCUGCUGACCUCAUCCGAUCUCGAGCAGAAGUUCAACCUGGUGCGAGAGCUCAAGAUCGGCGCCGCCGAGUACAAGCGCGUGCGCCGUCUCUUCUGGAAGGGUGUGUUUAUUUACCGGCCGACGCCAGAGCAGCCCCCCUGA